AUGGCUGCUGCUAGUGAUGUAAAAGUUCUGGGGAUGUGGUCCUGCCCAUACGUGAACCGGGCUCAGCUCGCGUUGUGCAUCAAGUCAAUUGAGUAUGAGUUCAUCGAAGAAAAUACUUUGAAGAAAAGCGAUAUGCUGCUCAAACACAACCCUGUUCACAAGAAAAUCCCAGUCCUAAUCCAUGGAGAUAAGUCUGUUUGUGAGUCGUGCAUCAUUGUGGAGUACAUUGCUGAUGCCUUUGACACAGGCCCGCGCAUCCUCCCUUCUGAUGCCUAUGAUCGCGCCUUAGCCCGUUUCUGGGCAGCCUACAUCGAUGACAAGUGGUAUCCAUUGGUCAAAGUGCUCAGACAGUCCGGCGACAAAGAGGAAAGAAAAUCACUAGUUCAGAAAUUGUUUGAAGGCUUGAUCUUGCUUGAAGAGGCAUUUAUCGGUUGUAGCAAAGGAAUGGCUUAUUUUGGAGGAGACAGCAUAGGUUAUCUCGACAUCAUUCUUGGAUCAUGCUUGGCGUGUCUGAGAGUGACUGAGAAAGUUGUUGGAGUUGAACUGAUGGAUCCGACAAAGGCUCCUCAACUGGCAAAAUAG